AUGUCAGCGAACAGCAGAGAAGCAGAAAAUGGCAGCAGCUGUGAGGGUGCAGACGGGGGACAUGUCUCGGGUUUCAUUUCAGCUAAGCUAACUAUCGUGGUUGGAGACACUCACUUCUCUGAGGAGAAGAUGUUCCUGGUUCAGAGCUGUGACUAUUUCCAGGCUCUGUAUCGCUCUGGGAUGAAGGAGUGUCAGCAGGAGGAAAUCCACCUCAAGUGUCUUCACGCCCGGGGCUUCCUCAUCGCUAUGGAGGUGUUACGAGGAGAGCAGCCCACCUUGGACGGUGAUGACAUCGUGGAGGCCAUUGAAUGCGCUGCGUUCUUGCAGGUGGCGUCGCUGACCAAACAUCUCAUCAACCUUAUUGACUCUGACAACUGUUUGCUGAUGUAUCACACCGCUGCAACCUUCGGACUCAUGGACCUUUACCACGCUGCUGCGCUCUUUAUCCGGAACAUGUACAGCGACCUGGAGGUGGAAGUCAGGAGAUCCCUACCAUCAGAGCUGAUCUCUUACAUCGAGUCUUUGACCCCAAGUGUUUUUGUAGCGGUGGGGGCCCAUGUGACCUGCGGCGGGGAUGAAACUGUCCAUGCAGCCUCCAGGACGAUCUGCUACCUGGACGAAACUUGUAAUAACUGGAAGGUGUUAACGGAUCUUCCUCUACAAGUCAGCACCUCCAUGGCUGGAGUGACCGCUCUGGAUAACAAACUCUACAUCGUGGGAGGAGUUCACGGGCUUCACAAGCAAGUCGUGGACGCUUGUUUCUGCUAUGACGUCAAAAACAACAGCUGGAGCAGGAUCUCCAGUCCGACACAGCUGCGAUACAAUCUCAGCCUUGUGGGUGUAGAUGGUCGUCUUUACGCUGUUGGUGGGGAAUACGAGCGGAGGGUGAUGUCUUCUGUGGAAAUUUAUGAUUUAAGGAGUGAAAGGUGGGAGUUUGCCGCACAUCUACCCCGACCUGCAGCUGGAGCAGCGUGCACCAAAGCAAUGAGCAGGAUAUUUGUGUGUUUGUGGAGGCCAAUGGAGACCACAGAGAUCUAUGAGUACAUCUCCAGAAAUGACGAGUGGAAGCUUGUUACGACUUUGAUCAAGCAACAGAGUUAUGGCCACUGCAUGGUGGGCCACAGAGACAACCUCUACGUGAUGAGAAACGGGCCGUCGGACGACUUCCUGCGAUGUCUGAUGGACUGUUACAGUCUGAGCUCGGGCCAGUGGUCGUCUCUGCCCGGACACUUUGCGAACAGCAAAGGCUCUCUGUUCACAGCCGUGGUCAGAGGCGACUCGGUGUUCACGCUCAACAGGAGCAUGACCACAGAGUAUAUGGUUGAAGGUAAAAACUGGAAGCCCCGGCGGCAGAUGAAGGGUUUCCCCAGAAGUGGAUCUGUUUGGACGUUUAUGCUCCAGCUGCCAGACGCUCUGAUGCUGAAGUAACAUUUUCUUCUGAAUCCAUGUGAUCGUCCUCAUUUUUAAAUGCUUAGACAUGUAUUUUCCACCUAACUUUGUUUCAAUAAAUGAAAAUGAAAACUGAUUUAUUGCAAACUCAGGACUUUCUGUUUUUUUCAUCACGUCACCCGGAAACAACGUUCUUGUUGAGGUGUUUGUUGUUAUACAGAAAACUCGUCCGGGGUUGAUCCAGCUUUGACUAACAUCUCAGCAGCGUGAGACCAGGUUUCGUCCCUCUAGUUGGGUCUAAUCCUGCAGAUGAAACCCUUUUUGAAAUUUUGACCAACCACUUUUUCUAAAAAUCAGUCCCACUCCAACCUCUUCUCUUUCCAGACGUCUUGCUUCGUCUUCUUCUUCUUCUACACGUAGACUAACAGAGGGUUUUCUGUACGACCACUCCCCCUCUGUUUUAUCUGUAAUUUAUAAGCACUAAUGUAAAUCUGAUGAACCUCAUUCAGUCAGCCCGUCUCUGUGCUGCUGCUGCUGGCUGUAUGUGAGCUCCAGUGUUUAUCCUCACACAGAGCUUCUGUUUCCUGCAGCAGCCUCGGUUUCCUCCCAGCACAGAACCAUGAUGAUGGCGAUGAUGAUGAGGAGGAGGAGGAUGAGGAUGGAGUGGCAGAGCCAGGCACCACGGGCAGCCGGGCAGGAUGCCAGCAGCAGGCAGCGGGGAUAAAUCUGACCCAGAAUGAAGAGGGGAGGCAGGGGUCAGGCGGGGACACGGCUCUGCAGCCGCCGCCCUCCACGACCUCCAGCUUCAGUCCGGGAGUGAAGCCAAGAACAAGAGCUUUAACCCAGUGA